AUGGAGCGCCCGCGUCGCGCGGCGGCGUGGCUUGGCGCGGCGCUGCGCCACGAGAUGCCGUCCGUGCCGGAGGGCCAGAUCUUCAAGGCCACCUACUCGGGUGUGCCCGUGUACGAGUGCAUCAUCAAGGAUGUGGCGGUCAUGCGGCGGCGCAGCGACGCGUGGCUGAACGCGACGCAGAUCCUCAAGGUCGUCGGCCUCGACAAGUCGCAGCGCACGCGCGUGCUUGAGAAGGAAGUGCAGAAGGGCAUCCACGAGAAGGUGCAGGGUGGCUACGGCAAGUACCAGGGCACGUGGAUCCCGAUGGAGGUCGCCAUCGAGCUGGCGGAGCACUACCGGAUCCGCGAGCUGCUCGAGCCGAUCAUCUCGUUCGUGCCGUCCGACCGCUCGCCGCCGCCCGCGCCGAAGCACGCGAUCGCGUCGUCCGGCCGCCUCAAGAAGAUGGGAGACGCCGAGCUCCCGCGCGCGCGCGCCUCCAGCGACGACAGCAGCGAGAUCCUCGGCGGCGAGCACGACCGUGGCUCCGAGGGCAGCAUCAGCCCGUCGCCCAGCGACGUGAGCAGCUCGAGCCGCACGCCGAGCCCGAUCGGCCCAAGCAUGGUCAAGCAUGAUGCGUACGCGGCCGCAGGCUACGCGGACCCCCGCCACGGCGCCAUGUACACGCCGGGCGCGCGUCUCGCGCCGCCGUACGUGCCGUACCGCGAUGCCUACGCGGCGGUGCCGCCGGCGCCACACGUCCCUGCCCACGCCCCGACAUACGAGGAGAUGGAGCCGCAGGCGCGCUACGCGGAGAUCAUCCUGGACUACUUCAUCAGCGAGACGACGACGAUCCCGCCGUUGCUCGUUAGUCCCCCGCCGGACUUUGACCCGAACAUGAGCAUCGACGAGGACGAACACACGGCGCUGCACUGGGCGUGCGCGAUGGGCCGCAUCCGCGUUGUCAAGCUGCUGCUGACCGCCGGCGCUGAUGUGUUCCGCGUCAACAGCAACGGGCAGACCGCGCUGAUGCGCGCAGCCAUGUUCAGCAACAACUACGACCUGCGCAAGUUCCCCGAGCUGUUCGAGCUGCUGCACCGCAGCAUCCUGAACAUUGACCGGAACGACCGCACCGUGUUCCACCACGUCGUCGACCUCGCACUGAGCCGCGGCAAGCCGCACGCGAGCCGCUACUACCUCGAGACCAUGGUGCUCCGCCUCGCCGACUAUGGCGAGCAGCUCGCUGACAUUCUCAACUUCCAGGACGACGAGGGCGAGACACCGCUCACGAUGGCGGCGCGCGCACGCUCCAAGCGCCUCGUGCGCCUGCUGCUGGAGCAUGGCGCGGACCCAAAGAUCCGCAACAAGGAGGGCAAGAACGCCGAGGACUAUAUCGUCGAGGACGAGCGCUUCCGCGCGAGUCCGCUGCGCCCCGGCAGCGCGCCGGCGCCCGGCCCCAGCGCCGCGCCCCACUCGUCCGAGGCUGGACAGCGCGCGGCAGGCCGCUCCGUCGGCCUCGUGUCGACGCUGCUGCAUGACCUGGCGGACAGCUACGACACGGAGCUGUCCGUGCUCGAGCGGAAGCUCACGCACGCCCAGUCGCUGCUCGUGCAGAUCCAGAGCGAGAUUGCCGACAGCUCGCGCGCCGAGGCGUCGCUGCACGCGGACGGCGCUCUCGCCGACGAGACCGCCUCGCUGGCGGAGCUCGAGGACCGAUACGUGCUCGCGCGGCGCGCACACAGCGGCGCCGAGGCCGCGCGUGACUGGGACGCCGUGCAGGCACGCGUCAGUGCGGCGCGGCCGGACGGGCGCCUCGGCGAUGCGCCGCACGCUGACGCAGCGACACAGGCCCUCGUCGCCGCACCGGGCGCACCGAUGCGCGAGGAGCUCGCGCAGCUGCUCGCGCGCGCGCGCGCCGCGGCCGAUCGCCUCGCAGAGCAACAUACCCAGCACCGCGCGACGGUGCGCGACGAGGGCGCUGAUCGCACCAUGACCAUGUACCGCCGGCUCAUUGCUGCCGGCUGCGGCGGCAUCUCGACUAGCGAGGUCGAUGCCGUGGUCGGCGUGCUCCGUGACCUGCUCGUCGAGGGCGAGGGGCCCCGCGCCCCGCCGGGCCCCGCGGCUCCGACCGAGGCGCCGGCGCCCGUCCCUGUGUAG